AUGAGGUAAACAAAGCUAAAAACAACUGGUAGUGAUGUGGCACUGCUUGGUUGGGGGAAGGGACAUUCCGCCCGAUCGACGACUACACGACAGACACGAUGGCGAAUUUCUGGCUGCCCAUUCAGCUUAACGCAGACUUCAUGGAUACCCGGUUCGGGUAUUAGGUUGAAAUCGUGCUGCAACCAUCGGUCCACGCUAGCAGUCACCAAAUGGCUGUCAUACGAUAUUCGCUGUCCAUCUUUUAUGUAA